AUGGCACCCCCAAUCUCUGCGACUGAGGAUCUCGCGUCCGGUGCUUCCUCCGGCGUCGCGACCCCCACUCUUGCGCCGCUCAAGCGUACUGUUCUCCCGACGGACCUGGCGGCGUUUGUGGUUGACCCUUCCAUGCCCAAGGAGUGGCCGAUCGGCCUUCCUUCUCAAGACGCCCUGACCCACUUGAGUGCGGAGAGCCGGGCGUGCGUCGAGAACUUUGCCGCACACACCCCGGUGGAGCAGCCAGAGGUGGGGCAGGCGCGCCGCGCCGCCGUGCUCAUUGCACUGUACCAACCAGAAGGGUCGGAUGAUCUGCGAGUGCUGCUAACCACGCGGGCAAAGCACCUCAGGAGGAACCCGGGACAGACGGCUUUACCAGGAGGAAAGGUGGACGAGGAUGAUCCUUCACCUGUUUACACGGCGCGCCGUGAAGCCUUUGAGGAGGCUGGUGUACCGCUUGCUAGUCCACACGUUCACGUUUUGACAGUUCUUGAUCCUGUGCUCACUGUACUACCGAUGAACGCUCACUUGAAGAAUCAUAUUGUCGUCACGCCUGUCGUUGCGUUGAUUUCGGACCCGGCACUUGUGACCACACUCCGACCCAACCCCGACGAGGUCGAGUGCAUUUUCGAUCACCCUCUUAAGGCGAUUCACACAGGCAUAGUGGAAGGCGAGCUUGCUGAGAACCUCAACCUGAGCGACACGAACUGGUGGCCUGGGCCCACCGAGUUCCAUUCGCUUGAGGAUGUCACCGGAUCGACAGGGUCGUACAGGAUGCACCGCUUCCGCACCCGCCACACUCCCAUUCGCGGGUUUACUUCGGACGUGCUGAUUCGGGCGGCCGCCCUCGGCUUUGGUGGCGAGCCCGAGUACGGCCAUUACGCGCCUGAUCAACCAAGCUGGCCUGAGACAAUUGAUUGGGUGGUCCAAGGGCUACCAGCGGCACUCGAGGAGCCCGAUACAGAAAAGCGACGUCUGGAGUGGCGCACGGCGACAGGCGUGCGGGCAAGCGGACAGCGCAUCGAGUGAUAUCUAGAUAAUAAAGUACAGUACAGCUACUCGGCCUCCUCCUCAUACUCAUCGCCCGCUUCAUCCCACCAGUUGGUCAGGCCGAGCCCCUGCUCACUGACGUUGGCGAGAAUCACAUACCCCGCCUUCUCCUUGGGGUCCUUCUCCUCAUCUUCCUCGGUAGUCUGUGACCUGUCGACAGGCGGUCCGGGCUCGUGUUCGUGCCACUCGAUUGUGUCGACGCGAAAGCGAAUCGGCUCUCCUGGGUCAUAGUAAAAGCGUUCUGACGUAAGCUGCAAUCAGAAGCGGUGACUCGACAUACCAGACUUGAGCGUAUUUGCAAGAGCAGUCGCGUCCAAGUCCUGCUCCCCGCUAUACCAAAAGAAUCUGCGCUCGUUCUCGUCA